CCAAAGUUCAUUAUUUCAAUUUUAUUUUGAAUUCAAAUCGAUCAACUUUACUAAACCCAAGUUUGGAUCGACUAUUUUUAGCGUGGGGCGAAAGGAAAAAAAUAAAAAUAAAAAUUGCGCAGUCAAAUUUGUUAAACAGAUUUUCAACCAAAGCUGUACUCACACCCCAGCCCAAGAAAAAAGAUUUAAGAGAGUUUGGAAAAGCCUAAAAGGGCUGUCAUAAAAAUUCUAUCUUUUUGGCCAGCAAAGUACAGGCAUUGCCCUUCUGUCUCAAAUUCAGUAACCUCAGCGAGUAGAGGUAAUUUUUUCUGGAAAAUGAGCGCCACGAGGUUCAUAAAGUGCGUGACUGUGGGUGAUGGAGCUGUUGGGAAAACUUGCAUGUUGAUUUCUUACACAAGCAACACAUUUCCUACGGAUUAUGUUCCAACCGUUUUCGACAAUUUCAGUGCAAAUGUAGUUGUCGAUGGUAGCACUGUCAAUUUGGGGCUGUGGGAUACUGCCGGUCAAGAGGAUUACAAUAGACUAAGGCCCUUGAGCUAUCGUGGAGCGGAUGUUUUCCUUCUUGCUUUCUCACUCAUUAGCAAGGCCAGCUACGAAAACAUCGCAAAAAAGUGGAUUCCAGAAUUAAGGCAUUAUGCUCCAGGUGUUCCUAUAAUUCUUGUUGGGACAAAGCUUGAUCUUAGAGAUGAUAAGCAAUUCUUUAUUGAUCAUCCUGGAGCAGUUCCAAUUACCACAGCCCAGGGAGAGGAACUAAGGAAACUGAUUGGUGCCCCUGUGUACAUCGAGUGCAGUUCAAAAACUCAACAGAAUGUGAAGGCGGUGUUUGAUGCGGCUAUAAAGAUAGUAUUGCAACCGCCAAAGCAAAAGAAGAAGAAGAAGAAAGGGAACAAAGGCUGUUCCAUCUUGUAAAAAUAGGUAAAAAUGGAAUCGUUUAUCGGGAUUAUGAAUCUAGAGAAAAUAACAUUAGCAUCAAAAAAUGUGUUUGAACUCAGUCGAAUGUAGGCCCAAUCGUACACUAAUUUUGAUGUAAUUUGUUGAAUUGGAGAAUUUCACGGCAAGUUUAAGCGUGUGGACCGUGACAUGUUUGAGGCGAUGCUCGUGUAGCGCAGCUUGUUUGUUUCUAAGUAGAUUUUGUUGCUGAGGUUAUUGUCUCUUGUGUUUUUCUUCUGUUCCUUCUCUUUUCUUCUCCUUUGAGUCCUUUCUAUUCAUUGUCUAUGUCCUUGUGUAAUUGUUCCUCAAGUAACAAUACAACUACUUGUAAUUCUCUUAGUGCUCCUCCUUUCUGGAAAACACUGUAAAAAAGUCAUCAUGAAAACCUGAAGUAAACAACAAACAUAAGGAUAUACUUGUAAUUAAGCUUAGUAGAUGAUUGCUUCACU